UGAAGUAGUACAGUCAGCACAAUGUUGUAGUUAAUAAUAAAGCCAAAUCAUUCAAUCGACGGUGGCCGCCUAGUGAGCAACGGACAGAGGUCGGUGCAUUAUUAAUGUUAAAGAUCAUACAUUUCCGUGACGUUUGAACAAAGUGCAGUGCUUAGAAUUGUACACGCAGAAAAUAAGUACCGGGACCAUUAGAAAAGAUUUGUAGAAGAAAAUAAAUAAAAUGCAGCGCAUCAAACCAUUGGGUCAGCCACCUAAAGUCUGGAAAGUGAUAGAGAAAAAGGCUAAAGAUGGAAAACUGAUGAAGUUCACAAUUCAGGAGAUUCCUGAAGAUCGGUAUGAGGAUGCGAUUCAACACAUGUGCACAUAUUUUUUAGAAGAUGAACCGACUUGUCAAUGUAUAAAUGCAAAAAAUGAUCCUCUAUUUGUACAAGAUAUAAUUACGAUAUGGCGUCUGUUACUCGCAGAAGGCAUAUGUGUAGCUGCGUUUAUCGACAAUUCCAAUGGUGGCAAACCCAUAAUCGCUGGUAUGAAUGCUUUGGGUGUCGAGAUUAAAAACCAAGAACAUAAUUUCCAGUUUAAAUCAGAAAAAAGUAAGAAUAUACAUGAAAUCCUGGGUAAAACGAAUGUAGUGUACGAACGUUACGGAGUUGACAAGUAUCUACAUGCUAUUGGACUUAGCGUCGACCCCAAUUAUCGAGGGUACGGAUUAGGCAGGGAACUAUUAAAAGUUAGAGAUUUUGUUGGAUCUACGUAUGGAGUGCCAGCAACAGCCACUGCGUUCACGUCAAUAUUUUCGCAAAAGGCAGCGGUGGAUGCGGGAUUUGAAGAAUUCUUAACAAGGAACUUCGCUGACUUUGUAGACAAGGACGGAAAAGAAUAUUAUCCUAAUAUUAAUUCCAAAACAUUUAAAAUUAUGGGUAAACGAUUAAUGUAAGCCAAUAAACAGGCGAUAUAUUCAU